GUCUUUCUACAUGUCCCUCUGUACAUCUCUUUCAUAUAAACCGGCCAUCCCCGAUACCCGGUCUUUGAUCGACGUUCUUGCAUCUCAACCUGACCUUAUUCCUUCUGCCUUCAUCAAUCAUGAGCAACAAAAUUCGGGUCUUCGUCGCCGCGUACACUCGACCCACUGCGUCAGAUUCAUCUACCAUUUCGGCCUCUAAACCUCGCCCCACGGCCCAGAAGUACCACUGGGGACUAUGGCUAGAGCCCAAGGGCAGUAAUGGAAAUGGCACUUCGUUUGAUUUGGAAGAUGCGGUCGCGUACUCCAGCAUUUCCAGUCCCUUUGGCUGGCGCCUGCAUAUCGACGAGCACAAGUCUCUGCCGUCACAUAUGCUCGGCCGCAUCAUGAUUGGUAAGAUGGUGGAGGGCACCACAGAAGCUGAUGUGGCGAAAAUUCUCACGCAGGUUCAGAUGCCGUGUGAGGCUGGGAGCCCGGUGGGAGAUGCCGUAGAAUGGAUCAAAAGAGUUAUCUACGAAUUGCAGGAGGUUGGAUGUGCGGAGACGUUCAGUAUCGAUGCCUUCAUGGAAGAGGCACUGUCUCACGCUGUCACAUGGCAUAGUAAGAAGGGACGCACAGAGCCGGAGAAGGUCAACUUCACGUGGAGUCGGACCUUCCCUUGAGUGGAGGUCCUGCAUCUGUUUUAAGGUAUUCCAUUGGAGUUGGGACGGCCUUCAAUAGCGCGAAAUGUCCAAGUGUCGGGCUUCUGGUACGAGUGAUUUAGCAGGCUGCCGCGCCGCCCGACCGUCGACUGGAGCAGCAACAUGCGCCUCCCUAUUCACCAUUCACUGUCACUCCGGCAACUCGCCUUGAACUCGCGCAAUUGCCCGGAGCAAACGCCAAGACCUGCGUUUGCUGCGUCGACAACAUAAUCGCGCCGCCGACGUUCUCGAG